AUGGACGAGGUGCCAGCAGAGGCGCGGCCCACGGCGAGCGCGUCCUCCACGCCCGUGGCAUCCCAACCGCUAGCGAUCCUGGACGGAUCCGUGGCGCCGCCGUCGCCGCCGCCAAGGGACUUUGGGCAGCAGCUGAGGAUGGAGAAGGCCCAGAGCUCUGGUGGAGCGGACAGCGUCGCCUGCAAAUCCCAGGCGAGGCUGGACAUCGAGCGGGCGUUGCAGGCCCAGAAGGAUAGCGUGAACGCACGCUCGAAGAAGGCGGAAGAGGACAAGAAGGUCAAGGUGAGCGGGUUCGCGACGUCGGAGAUCGUCGAGGAGGGCUCGCGCUGCGACAGGAACCUGUGCGGGAUCGUCCAGUCGGAGGCUGUCGGCAAGAGCUCGCAGCUCGAGGCGACCCUCGAGGCCGAGGCGCCGUCGAAGGUUGGAGACCCGUCGAAGGCCGCGGUCGAGGCCCACCAGUUGGCGUUCCAAAGGGCCUCAGUCGCGCAGGAGAGCCGCCUCGCCCAGUGGAGGCUCGAGCACGGCGUGCUGGAGGCGACUGGCAAGAAGGUGGGCAAACAGGGCGAGGAGAAGCUUUACAAUGUGAACGAGUUCGUGACGUCGGAGGUCGUCGAUGCGGGCUCGUGCCACGAUCAGAAAUUGGACAAUGUGAACGAGUUCGGGACGUUCGAGGUCAUUGAGGAGGGUUCGUGCGACGACGAGAAGCUGGACAUGGUGAGCGAGUUCGCGACGUCGGAGGUCGUCGAUGCUGGUUCGUGCUUCGAGGAGAAGCAGUGCGGGAUGGUCAC